GACCCUUUAUAUAUUGCUUUGUAUGGAAGCUUAGUUUCUAUUUCUUUUCUCUGUGCCUCCAAAGAAAGAAAGAAAGAACUAACCACAACAUGUUCCUUUCACUCAGAUACUCCUUCACAUUUCUCUUCACUACUCUUCUCCUCACAUUAUCAUCAUCUUCACACAUUGCUUCCAAAAUAUCCAUCUCAAAUCAUGACAUUCAUAGCUUCACCAAUGCUGUCAGAGGCAACAACAUCACAGGAAUAUCACAGUUCAAAAGAUACCUAUCUCGUUUCGGGUACAUUAAAAACAAUGACACAUUCAGCGACAAAUUUGAUUCGAAUUUUGAAUCAGCUAUCAUCAAAUACCAAAGAAAUCUUGGACUCCAAGUAACCGGUAAACUCGAUUCGAAUACAGUUUCUCAAAUGAUCACACCAAGAUGCGGUGUUCCAGACACAACAAAAACUCAUCAUUAUCAUAAUCACCAUCAAAAUCAUAUUCAUAACAAGACGAAUUUUGUUUAUUUUCCUGGAAAACCGCGAUGGUCACGCGACAUGCCAAUGACACUAACCUAUGGCUUCUCAAGUGACUACAUGAUUCAUAACUUGAGCAUACAAGAGAUAAGAGAAGCAUUCAAACGAGCUUUCUCUAGAUGGAGUUCAGUUAUUCCAGUUAGUUUCGUCGAAUCAGAGGACUAUGGUUUCGCUGAUAUAAAAAUAGGAUUUUAUAGUGGUGACCAUGGUGAUGGUGAGCCAUUUGAUGGAGUUCUUGGUGUGUUAGCUCAUUCGUUCUCACCGGAGAUCGGAAGACUUCACCUCGAUGCAGCCGAGACUUGGGCAGUUGAUUUCGGUGUAACGAAAUCGGAGGUGGCAAUUGAUUUAGAGUCAGUUGCAACACAUGAGAUUGGACAUUUGUUGGGUUUGUCACAUAGUUCUUUGAAAGAGGCAGUAAUGUAUCCAAGUUUAAGGCCAAGAGAUAAAAGAGCUGAUUUGAAUAUUGAUGAUAUUAAAGGUGUACAAUCUCUUUAUGGUUCUAAUCCUAAUUUUAGAUCUCAGUGGUCAUCAUUGGAAUCUGAUAUCUCCACAAAUCAUGGUGCAAAAUUUGGAGUUGACACUUACAGGUUCUCUAUGAUUGCUUCCAUUAUUGCAAUUGCCCUGUAUUAUAUAUAAUUUGAACCUUUUUUAAUUA